AUGAACACUGUACGCGCACUCACCGUUGUCGCAGUUGCCGGUAAACAGUCUCCAACCAGCGCGCUUACCCACUAUAUCAGUCUGACUAACGGAAAUGUAGCAGGCGCUGCCGCGGAGUCUGUCCAGUGGAAUCCCGCUAUCAACCACGUUCUCGCUCAUGAUGUAGCUGCACGUGACGACCACUGCGCCGAGCUCCCAAAGCUCUGCACAGAUGCAGUACUGCUACGUGGCUAUGAGACUACCCUCACCUAUCUGUGUCCCGAGAAGACCGAAGGUCCGUCUACUGUCACCGUCACUACCACCAGGACAACCACUGUGACGGGUGAUCAGAGCCUGACCUCUAGCGUUGCUCCCGCUCCCGCUCCUACCUCGGACGUCGGAACUGCUCCCUCAGUGCAGCCUCUCCCCCACAAACCCGUCUCAGCCACUUCGGACGUUGGAGGUCCUCCCGCAGAGGAGCCCACUACCACCGUGAUCAUCCAGUCAACCGUCCAAGUUACCGUCACUAGAUCAGUCACCAAGGUCGCUCCCAGCUCUACGUUGUCAUCUCUUCCUCCCCCGUCCAUCACUUGGUCUUUCACCGCGGUCCUCCCUACCGAUGUCAAAUCCUCUCAUGUCUCGGGCGGAACGUCGUCGGCUUCUCGCACCGAGCUACCAUCAAUAGUGUCGUCCCUCGUCUUCGGUGGCUUCCACGUCUUGGUCACCUUCGACGUCUUCGGCGGCUUCCUCGUCUGCGUUGGAUUCCACAUCUUCGGCUGCUUCCACGUCUUCGAUGGCGCGUUUACCGUCGGGUGGUCAUCAUGCUCCACCUUUCGCGAACGGUACCGCUAUCAGCUACACCCCCGGCAUCUUCCCCACGCUGAACGCAAGGGAUGA